AUGUUGCUGGAGAGCUGUGCCCCACGUUGGACAAUGAAGCUGGCCACAGCAGCCCUGUUGCUGGGUUUCGUGAUGGUGGCCGCUGGAGAGGAGGAGGAAGAAAACGACCCGUGUGUGUACGAGAACCUGCCCUACGAGGACACCGGGCUGUGCAAGGGCCUUGAUGUUUUCUACCCAGAGGUGGGAAAUGUCGCCUGCAUGUUUAUUCCUGACUGCAACAACUUCAGGCAUAAGAUCACCUACUGGAUGGAGCCGAUCGUCAAGUUCCCCAGAGCCCUUGAAGGUGCAACCUACACCUUGAUGAUGGUGGAUCCCGAUGCUCCCAGCAGGUCAGAGCCCACCAAGAGAUACUGGAGACAUUGGCUGGUGACAGAUAUCAAGGGCAAUGACAUAAAGAAAGGGAAUAUUCAGGGCCAGGUGCUAACACCCUACAAGCCUCCCUCCCCACCAGCAAAUAGUGGCUUCCAUCGCUACCAGUUGUUAGUCUAUCUUCAAGAAAGGAACGAGGUCAUCUCUCUUCUUCCCAGUGAAAGCAAAUCUCGAGGCUCCUGGAAUAUGGAAAGUUUUCUGAACCGCUUCCAUCUGAGAGAGCCCGAAGCAAGUACCCAGUUCAUGACCCAGAACUCCCAUGACUCACCAAUGAUCCAGGCUUUCAGGGGAGGCGUCAGGUAUUUCAAGGACAAACCCAAGUAGAGACAACUGCCUGCUAGACCAAGGCUUCAACUUCUAGGCAUGUGUCCACAUUGCCUACCAACAGAUGGA